AUGGGUUGUUUUCCUUGUUUUGUAGCUUUCAACAAAGAAGCUUCCCAUGUUCACUCUAGAAGGGUUACCUCAGAAAAAUUCAAAUUACUGAGUACCUCAAGUCCGAACACGAAAGAUGAGUUAGAAGGAAGUGUGCGUACACAUACAUUUACAUUACAAGAGCUUAAAGCCGCUACUAAUAAUUUUUCGCCAGAAUGUUUACUAGGUGAAGGGGGCUUUGGGCCUGUAUACAAAGGUCGCCUUGAGAACCCUAAGAACAAAGCAGUUGCUGUAAAACAGCUUAAGCAGAAAAGUUGUCAAGGUGAUCGAGAAUUUUUGGCGGAGGUUCUCAUGCUGAACCUAUUAAAUCACAAAAAUCUUGUGAACUUGAUUGGUUAUUGUGCCGAUGGAGAUCAACGGUUACUUGUUUACGAGUAUAUGGCAUUUGGAUCUUUAGACAAGCAUUUACAUGAUCUUCCUCCUCGCGCAAAGCCGCUAGAUUGGAAUACAAGGAUGAAAAUAGCAUUGGCGACAGCAAAGGGAUUGAAGUAUAUGCAUAAGGCAAAUCCCCCUGUAAUAUAUAGAGACUUAAAAUCAUCCAACAUUCUCCUUGAUGAAAAUUAUCAAGCCAAGUUAUCAGAUUUUGGGUUGGCAAAACUUGGACCAAUUGGUGAUAGGAGUCAUGUAACCACUAGAGUAAUGGGAACAUAUGGUUAUUGUGCCCCUGAAUAUUUUAUGACAGGACAACUAACUAUGAAGUCUGAUGUUUAUAGUUAUGGAGUAUUCAUGCUCGAACUUAUCUCAGGACGCAGAGCUAUCGAUGAUAAACGUCCACAAGCCGAGCGAAGUCUAGUUGUUUGGGCAAAAAGUCAUUUUAAAAACCGUAGGGACUUUAUCAAAUUGGUUGACCCUCAACUUCAAGGUCGUUUUCCAAUGGAAGGACUAUAUCAAGCAGUUGCUAUUGCAGCAAUGUGUGUACAUACACAAGCUUCAACAAGGCCUCUCAUUGGUGAUAUUGUGGAUAGUCUUACAUACAUGACAAGAAGGGACACAUCACCCAAAUUGAGAAAAAAGUAUGAUGACUAA